AGGACCUCUGGGCGUAAUCAGUCAUGUGCAAUCGAGAGCCGGGUGGGAUCGAAAACAGGACGAGCCUUAAAACUUUCUCAAAAGCAUUUUUCGCACUCGUGAAUUUAAAAAAAAAAGUUUUGGGAGGAAGUUUAAUUCAGGAAUCAGAGUGUACAAGCAUGUGAUCCGAGUUUUUCUCAACUUGUUGUCGAGUUCGGCCUCCCUGGAGAAAAGAUUUAUUUAAGACAUGAGCAUCAGUCUCCAGGACCCAAGGGUGUAAUAGGCGAUCACCAUGGCAACGCAAUUUAGUAUCGAUGAUGCAUUUGUACUGGAAGGAGACGAGGAGGGAGCCGUGUCCGACGGAGAGACAGAGGGGUGGAAGGGAAAAGACAAGGACAGGGAUGGAGGAGAGAUGACAUUUGGUCCUUUAACUUUCUCCAAACCUCAGACUCAUCCCUCGCCUGCUACUGUGGGCUCCCUUGAACACAGUAACCUGAAGUAUCAGAAUCUGGAAAAUGAGGAUGCCUUGGGCAGCAGUGGCAAUUCCUCUUUCAAUAACUUCUUCAAAAUCAGUGACCCUGCAACGCUGUCUUACUGCAGCUCCCAGUGGUCUUUCAGCACCUUGAGUUCUGUCACGCAACUUUCUGCACACUGCUGUGGGUGGGUGUCCCAUCCGCUGGUGAAGAAAAAUAGAAGAGUUGUCUUUGCUUCAUUCCUUCUCCUUGUCACUGGAGUUGCUCUUAUUUUCACAGGUGUUGUCAUACAGCUGAAUCCAAAUGCAGGCGUUUCAAGUGCUAUUUUCUUUGUGCCUGGAUUUCUGCUCUUCAUCCCUGGAGUGUACCAUGUGAUAUACAUCAGCUGUGCUGUCCGUGGAAGAAGAGGGUUCAAAUUGUUCUACCUACCUUACUUUGAAAAAUGAUUUUAUGAUACACCAAAUUUUCACUACAUUUCUGUGCUUGCUAUCUUAAAAUGAAUUGUAUUUUUUCACUUGUAACAAAAAAUUAAUGUCACAUAGUUGUUUUUUCUUGUCAUUGUAAUGACCACUACUGCAUCAGUGCCUCGACUACGUUUCCACUACAUGAACUGAAAUUGCUGUAUGUGUACACAAAAAAGAAGGACAUUGGUCUUGCCUGUGCUUUCUAUAUUGUGUGAAUAGUGACUGUGAAAUUACAAUAAAACUUUUAUACUUUAA